GGACAACCCGAUUGCGGUGUACCGCGCCGCUGAGCUCGCACAAGACAGAGCACUACUGUCGUGCGCGAUGCAAUAGAAGCGCAUCAAUGAAUUUUAACUUGGUUGUCGUUUGUGCUCUGUGUCUGUGUAUUGUUGUCCAUAGUAGUUUAGUUUUUGUUUACGUCUCGCGAUAAAUAUGUUGUACCCGUUUUAACGUGUCGCGAAAUAAAGUAGUUUUAACCAGUUAAUCGUGCGCGUUUUAUUCCCCAAUGUAGGGACACCGGAUCACGAACACCGUCCGGUUACCGCGGUACAAAAGUGGCGACGAGAAUUCGCGAGUGAGUGUUUUCCCCGCAGUGCAAAAAUUCGAUAGCACAAUUUCAUCACCGCCGCGAAAGAAACGCAAACGGAGUGCGAUGGCUGACGACGAACGUGAACAGAGUGGAAGAAAUGGUGUCGACCCCCCGGGAGUGAAUAAUCAUCGGCAGUUAAUUAAUCAGCCGACCAACCCGGCGCCGGCGACGGUCCACCAUCAGCAGCAGCAGCAGCAUCCAAUCUACGUCCCCGUCGUGUCAACUCACCAGCAGCAGCCGUUCAUUCCUGUUUCCACCGCCCAGCAUCAACAGUACGUACCCUUCCCACCCCACCAACCGCAACCGCAAGCCCCCCACACCGGUAAUGAAGCUCUGCUCAUUCAAAUCGUGCAAAUGAUGCAGCAGCAGUUGUCGCAGCAUAACGAGUUGAUGGCCCAGCUCGUCCAGCGGCAAAAUCAUACCGACGACCAGCAGCAACAGCUCCUUCGUGGCAUGACGUCACCUAUCAACGUGCAGGUACCACCCAACCCGGAACAAAUCCUUGAUUCCCUGGCAAGUAAUAUUAAGGAAUUCCGGUACGAGGCCGAAAGUAACGUCACUUUCGCGGCGUGGUACUCCAGGUAUGACGACCUCUUCGAGAAGGAUGCUGCUAGGCUCGACGACGAAGCGAAAGUACGCCUAUUAAUGCGGAAAUUGGGCUUAGCGGAGCACGAAAGGUAUGUGAGUUACAUUUUACCAAAAUUGCCGAAGGAAUUCACCUUCGAGCAAACAGUGACCAAACUGAAGUGCCUUUUCGGUGCGAAAGAAUCGGUAAUCAGUCGACGAUACCGAUGUCUACAGAUAGCGAGAAAUCCCACAGAGGAUCAUGUGGCUUUCGCAUGCAGGGUCAACAAAGCUUGCGUUGAAUUCGAGCUAGGCAAGCUCAGCGAGGAGCAAUUCAAGUGCUUGGUCUACGUGUGCGGCCUGAAGUCGGAGAAUGACGUCGAAAUUCGAACGCGCCUCCUCACCAAGAUUGAGGACAACAACGACGUCACACUAGAGCAACUCUCCGAGGAGUGUCAGCGGCUUUUCAACUUGAAGCAUGACAGCGCGAUGAUCGAAUCGGCGACUCCUUACGGCCAAGUCCAAGCAGUGCGCAAGUUUGGUGGGAAGCGGUUCAACAAGCGUGACCGAGAAGUGAAGCGUCCUUCCAGUGACACCGGGAAGAAGCCAAAUACUCCGUGCUGGCUUUGUGGUGCGCUCCAUUACGUCCGGGACUGCAGUUAUAGGAAUCACAAGUGCUCCGAUUGUGGCCAAUUCGGGCAUCGUGAGGGAUACUGCGAGAGUGCCAAGCCCCGGAAACCAGGACACAGACGCUUCAGGAAACCCGACGUGUCGAGCAAGGUGGUAGUCGUCGACGUGUGCAGCGUCCAGCAGCGCCGCCGUUUCGUCUCCGUUGGCCUUUCAGGAACGGACAUUCGGCUGCAACUAGACACCGCCUCCGACAUCACCGUCAUCAACCGAGAAACAUGGCGGAAACUCGGCAGCCCGGCUUUAACGCCGGCCACAGUGAACGCGAGGACAGCCUCCGGCAACAUCCUAUCGCUCGAUGGAGAAUUCGAGUGCGACGUCACCAUCGGAGAAAGCACGCGGCGCGCAGUGAUCCGCGUCACCGGGAAACAAAUUCUUCUGCUCGGUUCCGAUCUGGUGGACAGUUUCAACCUCUGGUCCGUUCCCAUGGACACCUUCUGUUGCCACGUGUCAGGCUCUCCCACGUCUACCGCUGCACUCAAGUCGACCUUUCCCAAGGUUUUCAGCGACCAGCUCGGCUUGUGCAGUAAAACCAAAGUGAAGUUGGAGCUGAAAGAAAGCGUCCGACCCGUCUUCUGCCCGAAGCGUCCGGUGGCGUACGCAAUGUACGAUGCCGUCGACCAGGAGCUCGACCGACUGGAGAAACUCGACAUCAUCACUCCGGUCGACUAUUCCGAGUGGGCAGCUCCCAUCGUCGUAGUCCGCAAAGCCAACGGGUCGAUCCGAAUUUGCGGAGACUACUCCACGGGUUUGAACGCCGCUCUUCAACCAAACCAAUACCCGCUUCCACUUCCGGACGAUAUCUUCGCCAAGCUUUCCGGCUGCACGGUCUUCAGCCAAAUCGAUUUGUCCGACGCUUUCUUGCAAGUGGAAGUCGAUGAACAGCACCGCAAGUUGCUCACAAUCAACACGCACCGUGGCCUCUACUCCUACAACCGCCUCCCGCCGGGUGUGAAAGUUGCACCUGGUGCCUUCCAGCAGCUCAUCGACACCAUGCUAGCCGGCCUGGAGUGUACUUCCGGCUAUCUCGAUGACGUCAUCAUCGGCGGUAAGACAGAGGAAGAGCACGAUCGCAACCUGCGGGCCGCCUUGAAGCGAAUCCAAGAGUUCGGCUUCACCAUUCGUGAGGACAAGUGCACGUUUCGGAAGCAGCAAGUGCAGUACGUCGGGCAUGUCGUGGACAGUCGCGGGCUCCGUCCGGAUCCAGCUAAAAUCGAGGCGAUCACCAAGCUUCCGCCUCCCACCGACGUUUCCGGAGUACGGUCCUUCCUGGGGGCAAUCAACUAUUACGGCAAGUUCGUCCCCAACAUGCGCAAGCUACGAUACCCGCUCGACAAUCUCCUCAAGGCAGACGCGAAGUUCAAGUGGACUCCGGAGUGCCAGCAAGCGUUCGAGCAGUUCAAGCGAAUCCUCUCCUCGGAUCUUCUCCUCACGCACUACGAUCCGAAGCGGGAGAUCAUCGUUUCCGCCGACGCUUCUUCCGUUGGACUAGGGGCAACGAUCAGCCACAAGUUCCCCGACGGCACCGUCAAGGUCGUCCAACACGCAUCCCGAGCACUCACGAAAGCAGAGCAAGGCUACAGUCAGCCCGACCGUGAAGGUUUGGCCAUCGUCUUCGCCGUUACGAAGUUCCAUAAAAUGCUCUUCGGCCGGCAUUUCCGGCUUCAAACCGACCAUCAGCCUCUGCUCCGAAUCUUCGGGUCCAAGAAAGGUAUACCAGUCUACACUGCCAACCGCCUUCAACGCUUCGCCCUCCAUCUGCUGCUGUACGACUUCGACAUCGAAUACGUGCCCACCCACAAGUUCGGCAACGCGGACCUGCUUUCCCGGUUGAUCAACCAGCACGUGAAGCCCGACGAGGACUACGUUAUCGCUAGCGUCAACCUAGAUGAAGAUCUCAGGUCAGUUCUUUCUAGUUCCCGUAAAAUGUUGCCUCUCCAUUUCAGAGCCGUCGCGCAAAGCACCCAAGCAGACCCACUGCUCCGCCAAGUCUACCACUACGUCCAAAAUGGUUGGCCCCAGUCAAAACUAGCCGGGCCCGAUCUCCAACGGUUCCAAUCCAGGCAGGAAUCGCUCUCCGUGGUAGAUGGGUGU